AUAGACCAAAAACGAUAUGUAAACUUUGAUUAAGAUGAAUUGGUUACUUGUGCUCGAUGGCAACAAAAGAGUAAAGGUGUUGACAGUUUGACUAGUUUUCAAGUCCUAAAGUGGAAGUAACGAAUAUAUAUAGCCUUUUCAUCAGCUCCCCUUUACUCUUUAGUGGGAACAUCAACAAAUCUUAGAAAGAAGCCACUAAAAUUAAAAACAGAGGAAAGGAGUUGCGUUGGUUCAUAAAUAUGGAGCUAGAAUUGGGAUUAAAGAUCACGAGAACGAGAGAAGAUGUAUCGUCCUCAGUUGAUUUCCGCUUUUCCAAAGACCCAUUUGGUCCUCUGGUGCUUUCUCGUGAAACCAAUUCGAGGUUCAUCAUCAUCAUCCACCUUAAAGGGUUCAAAAAGGAAGGUAUUGAAAUAGAUAUAAACAAAGAGGGGAAUCGGAUAACUAUAGAAGGGAGGAAGCCUGUGGAAGAAAUGGUUAUGAUUAGAUGGAUGGCGUGGAAGAAAGAAGUUGAAUUUAGGGUUUUCAAAAAAGUUUUUAGGAUUCCUGAUACUGUGGAUUUAGAUGAGAUUAAAGCGAGGUUUGAUGAUGAUGAUGCCACUCUUACCAUCACUAUGCCGAAAAGAGUUAAGGGGAUUUCUGGAUUCAACAUUGAGGAAGAAGAAGAAGAAAAAGUGGACUUUGGAGAUGUGAGUGCAGCUGGAGAAGUUGAAGAGGAAACAGAGAAGGGAGAAGCUGAAGAGCAGAAUUUACAAAGAGGAGAGUCUGAUGUACAGUCUAAGAAACUUGAGAAAGCGCUUCAGAAAGAAGAAGAGAUUGGACAAACUAUGGAAAACAAAGAAAGAGAGAAUCAAGUCUUGGAAGCUGAAGAAAACAGUUUCAGUGCAGGAGGUGUGGAGGAUGAAGAGUUUGGAGAUAAAGAGAGCCAGCAAAACGGGGAAGAAGAAACUGAGGAUGAUUACUUAGAGAAGAGUCCCCAGAUUGAUGAGCAAGACAAUAUUAUGGAAUGUAUACAAGAAGAACAAGAGUUGGCUGAUUCAAACAAAGGGAGUGAGGACAGUAGCUUAAGAAAGCCUACAGACUUAGAAGGACGAGAAUCUCUUGAGCAGACAAGACAUGACGAACAAGAAUAUAGCCAACACUCUGAGACAGUGAUUCAGAGAGAAGAAGAGUUUGGAGAAAGAGAAAAGGAUAUAAAAGAAACUGAUGGUUAUAACUUGGACAAUAUUCACCAGAGUGAUGAAGAAGACAAGAUUCACCAGAUUGAUGAACAAGAUAAAGAAACAAUCGUUGCUGAUUCUAAUAAAGAGAAUGAGGCCAUGAGCUUGAGAAAGCCCUCAGAUAUUCAAGAACGAGAUUCUCAGGAACAGACAGGACAUGAGGAACAAGAACUAGAUUCUCAUGAACAGAGAAGACAUGAGGAACAACAAGAACUAGAUUCUCAACAGACAAGAGAUAAGGAACAAGAAAGAGUCGUGGAGGAGCAAGAUUCACAAGCAGAGACUAAUAUUAAUGAUUUUGGAUGCAGAGCGUUUGAAGAGAUUGGAGAACAAAAACUUGAUGUUAUUAAAAGUAGAGAAAUGGAAAAGGAAACGAUUGAUGAUGAUGUUGUUGUCUUGAGCAAGGUUCAAGAGAUUGAACAACCAGAGAUACACAAUGAUGCAAGCAAGAAAGUGGAAGGAGAAACAAGUGGUUACGAGAGGGAAAAAUUUGUAAAGAUGGGCGUAAAAGAUGGGGAUUCAAAGGAAGAGGUUGAUGGGAAAAUGGGAGAAGGAUUCAGACCAAACAUUGAUAGAACACAAGUAGUUGCAGAAAAAAACAUUGGAGAAACGGAGACAAAAGCUGAGGAGCUUGAAUCUGAUAAGCUAAAAGCAGAUGAGGUAGACAAAACACAUGAACUGGUUAAGAAAAAGGAAGAGGAAGGGGGAAAUGCUAAGGUGAGAAGACAAAGUGAAGACAGAAACUUAAUAAAGCUUCAAGAGAAUGAAGAACAACACUAUAAGGGACAAAGGGGAAAAGACAAACAAAAAAUGAUAAAAGGUUUGGUGGAAGAGACAACUCCAAAAGCAGAGGCAGAUACAGGGAGUGAAAUUCCAAAACCAGUCUAUUCGAAAACAGGUGAUAAAGAAAAAGAGGAGAAGAAAAGCGUAAAGAUGGAGAUAAAAACUGAGGAGGCCAAAAAAGAAGUUAAUGCGAAUGUAGGCGGAGGAUUUGCACCAAAUAUCGCAGAAACUGAGACAAAUUUUGAGGAGCUUGAAUCUGAUAAACUAGAUUCAGACAAAAUACAGAAAAUGGAUGAGAAGAAAGAGGAGGAAAAAGAAAAUACUAAGGUUGGAACACAUAGUGAAGACAGCAGCUUAACAAAGCUUAAAGAGAUUGGAGAACAACAUAUUAAGGGACAAAAGCUACACGAAAAGCAAGAACAGAUCAGAGAUUUGGUGGAAGAGCAAAAUCUAGAGGGAGAGACAAGUACUGGGAAUGAUAUUCCAAAACCAGUUCAAGAGAUUGAAGAAGUCCAAGAGGUGGAAACGUUAGGGAAAACAGGUGAUGAAGGAAAAGUAAGAAAGGAGAAUAAGAAUAGUGUAAUGAUGGACAUCAAUAAUGAGGAUGUCAAAGAAGAGGUUGAUGAAAUGGGCCAACGAUUCAAACCAAACGUUUCUGAGACUGACACAAAAUCCGUGGAGUUUGAAUCUGAUCAAGUAGAAGCAGAUGAGGUAGACAAGAUACAUGCACUGGUUGAGAAGAAAGAAGAUGUAGAGGAAAAUGCUGAGAUCGGAAGAGAAACUGAAGAUAUCAGCUUAGAAGAGCUUCAAGAGACUGAAGAACAAAAAUUUCAUAGACAAAAGCGGCACGAUAAACUAGAAAAGAUCAACGAAAUUGUUGAAGAGAAAACUCUAGAGGGUGAGACAAAUGUUGGGAAUGAUAUUCCAAAGCCAGUAGCGGAGAGAAGUGAGGGAAAACACAAGAUUCAAAGAAAACUCCAAGAGGACACAAUGAAUCAGCCUGAGGAGUACAAAGAGAAAAUUACGGUGACCAGGAAAAAGACUAAUGAUUCUGGCGCAAGAAAGGUUCAAGAGAUUAUUAGACAACAAGAGUUAGAUGAACCAGGAAGAUCUGAGAAAGAUAUCAAGAUCAGAGAGCUGGUGAAAAGCAAAAAAAAUGAUGAAGAGAAAGAAGAGAAAAUUGCAGAAACAGAAAUAAAGGAGCAAGAGUCAUAUAGACCAAAAAUACUCAGGGAACGAGGAAAGAUCCAAGAACUGGCUGAAGAGAAGACUAACUUUUCAAAAACUGGAAAAGUCAAGGAGGAAGAAGAUAUUGCAGAGAAGAAAACAGAAUUUGGUGAUGAUGGUAAUAUUUCAGGAAAAGUUGAAAAGCGAGUUUCAGAUGCAAUGAAGGGACAAGAAGAAAAAGACAUGAUUCAAGCAUUAGCAGUGGAAGAAAAAGUAAGUGAUGGCGGCAAAAGAAUCAUUGCUGUGUCUGAGACAAAUGCUGCGAAUGAAAAGUCAAAAAAAGUUCAAGAGAUUGAUGAACAACAAUUGCCUGGAAAACAAUUCCAGAAACUCAUAGGAGGAGAAGUGAGUAGUCAUGGAGAAGUUGAAGAUGUGGAAAAUGAAAAGAAAACAACAGAGGCAGAGAAAAUAAUAAGGGAUAGAACGAGAGAAUCUCAAGAGAUUGAAAAAACAGAUUCAGAUAUGUCUGGAAAAUAUAUCAAAGGUACCAAGAUCCAAGAAACCGAGGAAACUGUUAGAGGAAUUUAUCGAAAUGAACAUGGCGAAGAGAAGAAUGGCGAUAGACCUGAAAAUAUAACAGGUAAGAUGGAACAUGAAUCCCUUAAUCUGAAGAGUCAAUUAGAACAAGACAAUCUUAAAGUUGGAGAAGAGACUCAAGAACUGGUGGAAGAAAAAUUCAAAGACUGCAGAGAAGAUGAGAGCAGUGAAGAAUCGAAGACCAAAGCCGAUGAUGAUGUAGUAAGAAAUGUUCAUGGUAUUAAAGAACAGGAUUCGUAUGGCCUAAAAAGGGAACAUGAAAGAAAGAUUCAAGAAUUGGUAGAAGAGAAAACAGGUGAUCAUGAAAAAGAAGAAGACAAAAAAAUGGCAGAGUCAGAGAUAGAAGCUGACUGUGAUAGCUUAAGAAAGGUAGACGGUAGCAAAUCACGGGAGUUGCAUGAACCAAAGAUACAAAAAGAACGUGAUAAGGCCCAUAUCACUGCAACAGAGGAACCAAGCUGUCAAAUAGUAGAGAAAAUUAUGGAGUCCAUGAAAACUGGAGGAGGAGAAAACUGCGGUGAAAAACAGGUGUUGCAUGAAACGAAGUUACACAAGGAAUGUGAUAAGACCCGAAUAACAGAAGUAGAGGAACCAAAUGGUGAAGAGAAGGAGAAAAUUGUAGUGCCUAUGAUAAGAGAGUCCGUAGAUGUUCCAGAGAUUGAUAAAGAACAACCUGACAAGCUAGAGAGCCAGGAGAAACCAUACAAAAUUCAAAAAGUGGUGGAAGCGGGACUCAGUGACCAUAAAGAAGAAAAGGUAACGGCCAAGGCAGAACUGGAAAUUGAAAGAGAGAGCUCAAAAAAGGUUGAAGAGACUGAACAACAGAAAUAUGAUGGACCAAAGAUGCAAAUUACAGAGGAAAAAAAGAAAACUAUAGCUGUGGAGGAGAACGAGAUUGUGGAUAGGAGAACAACAACUGAAGAUUGUAGCUUGACAAAGGUUCGAGAUGAUGAAGAUCAAGAAUCGAGUAAAACUUAUAAGAGUCAAAAAGAAGAUAAGACCCAUGAACUAGUGGAAAUGGGAACAAGUGAUUACAGAGGAAAAGCCAAGAAACAAGAUGAGAACGAUAUUUUAAGAAGCCAAGAGGAUUUAGAUGAAUUUGAAAGACAUGGUGAGCAAAGCAAGGUUCCUCAGUUAGUAGAAGAAGAAAAAGUGGAGAACAUUACUGAGCUAGGGGGGGAAAUGGAAGAAGCCAGUUCAGGCAAUUUUCAUGAGUAUGAAGAAGAAAAAUCAUAUGAAGAUUUAGUUAAAGAGGAAGAAACUUAUCUUAAAGAUAAACACACUGGUGGAGAAGACUAUGAUGAUUGUAAAAAGGAACAAAACCAAGAAAAGACUAUUGUUAAGGCAGAAGUGAAAACUGAGGAAGAUAGCUCAAAGAGGGUUCAAGAUACUGAAAAACAGGGAUAUGAUGAGUUGCAGAUAUCUAUGGUACAAGAAAAAAUUCAAGAAACAGAGGAAAAAGACAAAACUAGAGUAAUGGAGGAAAAUGAGCUUGUGAAGAGGAGGAAAAAAACUAAAAAUGAAAGCUUGAGAAAGGUUCGAGAAGGUGAAGAAGAUCAACAAUUGGGUAAACAGAAGAGACAUGGGGAAAAAGACAGGAUCCAGGAGUUAGUGGAAACAGAAUUAAAUGAUCACAGAGGAAAAGUCAAGAAAAAAGAUGGAGAUGAUGUCUUAAAAAGCCAAGAGACUGUGAAACUGGAUUUAGGUGAACGUGAGAGACAUUUUGAGCAUAGAAAGAUUCAUAAAUUAGUGGAAGAUGAACACACAGGAAUAGGAGAAGAAGAAAGAUAUCAGAAAGUUUCACAGGCUAAGACAAAAGUUGAAGAUGAGAUCGACAAAACAGUAGGGGAGAACAAAGAACCAGAACCGGAAAAACAGGAGCGAGACGAUACACUGGACAAAUCGGAAGGAGUACUAAAAGAGGAAGCAAGUGAUCGUGAAAAAGAUGAUUUUACGACAAAGAUUCAAGAAACUGAAAGAGAAGAGCUCCAUCAAUUGGAGAUGCAGGAGAAACAAGACAUGGUCCCAGAUUUUGUGGACGACGAAACAGAGAAUCAAAAAGAUGAAGAGGCAGAGGAAGCUGCAGAUGCAGUGGCAAGCAAUGCGAACAGAAGUUCAAGAAUGGGUCAAACAAUUGAAGAAGAAUCAGAAAAACACAAGGAACAAAACAAGAUCCCUGAAACAAGUGAUCAUAAAUUGAAAGAGACAAAAGAGGAGGUUCCCGAGUCAAGAAAUGUCCGAGAGACAAAAGAGCUAGCAGCACAUUUUCAGGAACUUGAAGGAAAAACAAAGAACUGCAACGAUGAUGAUGGAGAAGGAAGGAGAGGAGAAAAAGGAAAACAAGAAAAGAUGGCUGAGAAUUUCGAGUCAAAAAGUGACGACGGUAUUGUGAGAAUGAAUCAAGAGACCAAAGUGCAAGAAUCAAAUGAGAAGAAAAAUCAAGAACAGAAAGGCAAGAUUGAAGAACCAGAGAGGAAAAAAUGUAGUAUUCAUGAGGUAAAGUUGGUGACUGAAGAUGAUAGCCUUAGAAAAGGUCAAGAGAUUUUGGAAAAGGGGUCAAAUGUGUCAAAGAGAGGACCAGUGAAACAAGAAAAAAUCCAACAACUGAAGAAGGUAGAAACCCAAGAUCUAGUAACUGAAGGUGAAGAACAAGCAGAGGUAAAUGAGAAAAUUGCAGAAGAGUGGAAGCAAGAUAAGACUGACAGCACAAUUAAUAACCCAGAAGAACCAUAUGAGAUCCAAGAAAGUAGCAAUAUCCAGGAAUCAGUGGAAAAAGAAACACAGAACCAUAGAGGAGAAGAAAUGAAUGAAAGGGGAGGAUAUAAUGCAGUGCUCAAGAAAAAAUCUAAGUCUUCAAGUGAGUCUCAAGAUGUUGAAGAACAAGGAUCAGAUCAGCCAAAGAGUUAUGCAGAACAGGAACUAAUGACUGAGGAGGAGAGACAAGAAGAAUAUUCUAUAAGAGAAGGAGAGCAGAAGGAAAAGGCAAAGAGAAUGUCACAGGUGGAUUCUAUAGCUAAUGACAAUAGCUCCAAGAAAAAUCAUCAAGAACUGGUUGAAAUAGAAACUAUUGACCAGAGGAAAGAAGAAUUAGAGGAGGAGAAUGAUGCUGGGAAAGCAGAGACAACAGAUGAAUAUGAUAGCUCAAGGAAGAUUCACGGACACGUAGAACGAAACUCAGAUAAACUAGAAAGAUAUGGGGAAGAAGAGAUGAGCAAAAAACUUGCAGAACAGGAAACAAGCGAUGAUAAAGAAGCCAAAAAAGGAAUCAGAGCAGGGGGAGUAUGGGAAAAGGUGGACACUAAAAUCAGGGCUGAUGGCUUUGGAAAGGUAAGAGAGAUUGAAGAACAAGAGAAAGACAAGAAGCACUCGUAUGUGAAAAAAGGCAUAAGGGGUAAAUCAAAAGAGAACAAGAAUCACGAGACAAAAAGGAGAGAUGAUAGCUCCGGGAAUAAGAUUCAAGAAAAUGAAAAACAAGAGCCUCAUGAACAAAAGAGAACUGAGGAAGAGAAAAUAGAAGAAAAUGAACAUGAUAGCUCAAGGAAGAGUCAUGAGCAUGACGAACGCAAGUCAGAGAAAAUGAGAGAAAAUAUUGCAGACGAGGAAACAAACGAUGAUAAAGAUGCCAAAGGAAUUAGAGCAGGGGCAGUAUUGGGAGAGAUUGAGAAACACGAGCAAGACAAGAAGAAAUCAUUUGUCAACACAAGUGGUAAAGCAGAAGAGAACAAGAAUCAAGAGACAAAGAGGAGAGAUGAUAGCGCAGGAAGUAAGACCCAGAAACAAGAGUCUCAUAAGAAAAAUGGUCAUGACAAACAAGAAAAGAACCUGGGACUGGUGGGGGAGAAAACAAACUGUUGCAGAAAUGAAGAUGAUGUUAAGGAAGAUAAAGAGAUUGCAGAUGCAGAGGUGCCAAGAAAGUUAAAGGGGACUGAAAAACGAGAAUCAACAAAAAAGGUGGAAAGACAUGAAAACCGAGAUGACAUCACAGAAUUGGUGGAAGACAAACUGAACAACAAAGAAGGAAAAGACAACAUGCGCAUAUUGGCAAAAGCUGAAGACGCUGAACCGAAAGGACCUGAAGAAUUGAGGAAACAAGAGAAAAGCAGGGAGCAAAGACUAAGAGAUAACCUUAAAUAUGAAGAAACGGCAAAGACAGAAACAGAAAGAAAGGAUAAUGAAUCAAGAAAAAUUCAUCAGGUCAAAGAAGAAGAAACAGAUGAGAAAGAAAGAUUUAAAGAUCAAGGAAGGAUCAAAGAAUUGGUAGAAGACAGUACACAUACUUGCAGAGAAGAAGAAAACAGAGAAACUGAAUUUGAAGAUGGUUGCUCGAAAAAGACUCAAGAGAGAGACAAAGAAGAACCAAUUGAACCAAGAAGAAACGAAAAAGGAGAAAAGAUCCAGGAACCAGUGGAUAAGGAAACAAGUGAAGAUGAUCACGAAGAAGAGUUAGAAAUUGAAUUUGAAGACGAAGAAGAAGACUGGGAAGCUGAAGUAAUUCAAGAAACAGAUGAAGAUGAAGAUGAAGAAAGUGAUAAAAUUAGACAAAUAAAAAGAAUCAGAUUAGGAUUCCGGUUAGUAGGAGGAUCAACAUUGUUUAUGUCACUUAUAGUCAUAGUUAUUAGUUUCAUUCGUUCCAAGAGAAAAAUAAAAUGUUACAAUUUCUAACCAAA